AAUGGAAUAAGUAUAAGCAUAUAAUGAAAAUCUUCAUUUACCUUAUUAGUAGCUACCUACUAAAAAAUAAACAAAGAUUAAAAUCUAUUGUUAAGAAUACGGUCACCGUGAUUAAAAGGUGGAAUAUAUAAACUUAACACGAGAAAAUGAUGUGGUAAAAUCAAGAUUACAAUGUAUUAAGUGUAUAAAUGGUCCUUAUUCACAUUUUCGAUAGGAUGUUGCUAUCCUCAAGGAAGUAAUAGAAAAAAUAUUAUCUAAUCUUUAGAUUUUAAGUGACAGCCUCAACGUCUUAAAAAAUACACAAUUUUAGGGGAACCUUUGCCAAGAAUUUUCUAAUCUUUAUCAUUAUUUAAAUUUAGAUGUUACUAAAGAUGACAUAGAAUUUGUAAUUUUAUUUAUUGAUAAUAGAAAUUUGCAACAUUAAAAAAAGAGAUUGUAUACCAAAUUGAAGAAUGUAAAAAAGAAGUUCUAAAAUCUUAUGAUAAUUAUUAUCAAAUAAAGGAAUAAAUAGACAUAAACCAUUUUCGAGAAGUAAAAAGAAAUUUUAUAAUAGAUUUUUAAUUUUGAAGACUUAAAAAAAGAAUUAUAUAAGUAUGCUUAGAAAGGACCUAAUCCCUCACCUAAGGAUUAAAAGGAAAUAAAUGAUUAACUUAAUAAAUAUGUUGAAAAAUUACAUGCUAAAGAAUAGGAUAAAUUAUAAAUUCAAUUUGAGAAAUUUAAAAAGAAGGUCAAUGAAUUUACUGAGAAAAAAUGGUAAAAAUUAUCAUAAUUAAAGUUUUCAUUAUUAUAAACUUGACUAAGGAAUGGAGAGUAUUUAAAAAAUAAUCGAAGAAAUGAAAACAACAUUCUCUCCCAAUUUAUUUACUAAAUCAGAAUUGUCAAACGACAAUAUAACAGAAGUCUUAAAAAAUAUUAACACAAAAGUUUAUUCGGAAACUUCAAAUGUUGAAAAAAUUACCCCAAUCUAUUCAAGCAUUCAUGAAGGGCUUAAUUAUAAGAAAAUGUUAUAGAAACUUAAAGAGGAAGUUAAAUCAGACUAGUUAUUUAUUUUUAAAUCCUCUAAUUCUUAAACAUUUGGAGCAUAUAUAGCUUCAGAUAAUUCUUCAGGAAAUCUUCGAACUACUAAUACACCUCUGCCUCAACCUAUGAAUCGAGCUACUCCACCAGUUAACUAAAAAAGUUUUUUGUUUUCUUUAAGUAAGAAAGAAAUAUACCCGAUAAAAUUGGGUGUGACAUCUUUAACUAUAAAUUGGCUCGCUAAUGAUAAUGAUCUUCUUUUAAAUUUUGGAAAUAACGAUUUAAAUAUUUUAUCAACAUUUAAAUAGUGUAAAUCCUAAUUAAAUAGCGGCUCUAUUACAAGUAAUUAUAAAAUAGGUAACUACGAGAUGCAUUUAGCAAAUGCGCUAGAAUUUGAAAUAAUUGCCUUAUAGAUAUUUAAAAUUCCCUAAGAGACAUAAAAAUGAU